AUGCACAUCAAAGACAUGCUCUCUGAGGCGGAGAAGGGCGCCCAGCCGUCCUUCUCCUUCGAGUACUUCCCGCCCAAGACUGCGCAAGGUGUUCAAAACCUCUACGACCGCAUUGAUCGCAUGUACAAUUUUGGACCCAAGUUCAUCGACAUCACAUGGGGCGCCGGCGGUCGCAUUGCCGAGCUGACCUGCGAGAUGGUCCUUCAGGCCCAGUCCGUCUACGGCCUCGAGACCUGCAUGCACCUCACAUGCACCGACAUGGGCCUCGAAAAGGUCAACGACGCCCUCAGCAGAGCCUACAAAGCCGGCUGCACCAACAUCCUCGCCCUCCGCGGCGAUCCCCCCCGAGACCAGGACAAGUGGACCGCCACCGAGGGCGGCUUCCAGUACGCCCGCGACCUCGUCAAGCACAUCCGCGCCACUUACGGCAACCAUUUCGACAUUGGCGUCGCUGGGUAUCCCGAGGGCUGCGACGACAACAAGAACGAAGAGGAGCUGCUUGAUCAUCUCAAGGAAAAGGUGGACAUGGGUGCCACCUUCAUCGUCACCCAGAUGUUCUACGACGCCGACAACUUCAUCCGGUGGGUCGGCAAGGUCCGCGAGCGUGGAAUCACCAUCCCCAUUCUGCCCGGCAUUAUGCCCAUCGCUACCUACGCCAGCUUUUUGCGGAGAGCAAACCACAUGCAGUGCAGGGUCCCGCCGGAGUGGAUGCGCGUCCUCGAGCCCGUCAAGAACGACGAUGUUGCUGUCCGUGAGAUUGGAAAGUCGCUGGUCGCCGAGAUGUGCCGCAAGCUACUCGCCAAUGGAAUCCACCAUCUGCAUUUCUACACCAUGAACCUGGCUCAGGCCACUCGUAUGGUUUUGGAGGAGCUCAACUGGGCACCCAGCGCCGAGCGGCCGCUGCAACACGCUCUGCCCUGGAAGCAGUCGAAGGCCCUCGGCCGCCGUGACGAGGAUGUCCGCCCCAUCUUCUGGCGGAACCGGAACAAGUCGUACGUUCUCCGUACGCAGGAUUGGGACGAGUUCCCCAACGGCCGCUGGGGAGACUCUCGAUCCCCCGCUUUCGGAGAGCUGGAUGCGUACGGCAUUGGCUUGACGGGCACCAACGAGGCCAACCGCAAGAAAUGGGGUGAGCCCACGACGGUGCGGGACAUUGCCAACACCUUCGUCAAGUAUCUGGACCAGGAGAUCGAUUCGCUCCCCUGGAGCGAGUCGCCUCUCACGGGCGAAGCGGACGCCAUUCGGGCGGACCUCGUUGCCCUCAACAAGCGGGGUCUCCUGACCAUCAACUCGCAGCCUGCUGUCGACGGCGUCAAGUCCUCCCACCCAGUCCACGGCUGGGGCCCGUCCAACGGCUACGUCUACCAGAAGGCGUACCUCGAGCUGUUGGUCCCGCCGGCCAUCAUCGAUCAGAUGAUUUCUCGCAUCGACUCCAAGCCUACGCUGUCCUACUAUGCGGUGACCAAGGAUGGCGAGCUCAAGACCAACGCGCCUUCUGACGGCCCGAACGCCGUCACGUGGGGAGUGUUCCCCGGCAAGGAAAUCGUUCAGCCUACCAUCGUCGAGAGCGUGAGCUUCUUGGCCUGGAGAGACGAGGCGUUUCGCCUGGGCACCGACUGGGCACACUGCUUCGACUCGAAUACUCCGAGCAGAGCGCUCAUCGACAAGAUCAUGAACGAGUGGUAUCUCGUCAACGUUGUGAACAAUGACUUCCACGAGAACCACACGAUCUUCGAACUCUUCAAGGACCUCGAGGUUCAGGGCCUGGACGAGGCGCAGGCUGCCUAA